AUGACUGACGAGCAAGACAUUGAGCGUACGGCGCGCCUGAUCGCGCGUGCUAUAGUAAGGCGUACUGCCAUUAUAGCGCAGAUUCGAGCCAUACACGCUAUGGCGUUGCGCGUACUAUCAGAGCCUGAUUUAGCCUCAGAGUUUGCGUUAAACGCGGCUGAUUUAGACUCGCUAUGGUUUCAAUUUCGGACGGAUGACGAUUCCGUUUUAGACCUUUUAGCGGCAGCCGAUAAGCUCGACGAUUAUUCACCCGACUUGUUAGCGGAGGUACGCCAACUAAUUAACGCGGCUAAAAAUAUCGCCCAGCGGUUAAUCCCGAAAGGUACCGACGCCGUCGACUUGUCUUAUCUCCGAGAGGGGAUAUCAAGUGUUCAUAAACCGCCCGAGGAUCCGGUUAAGUCACUCUCUCGCUUACCUGAUAUACCUCUACCCACGUUCGAUGGUGAUUACCGAUCGUGGCCCAAUUUCCGCGACAGAUUUUCCGCGCUUGUUAAUUCGCGAUCCAAUUUAUCGAACAUCGAUAAGAUGUACUAUCUGAUAGGUUGUCUAAAAGGUGCCGCAGCCGACGCUGUCCGAGGCAUACCGGUGUCGGCGGACAAUUACGAGUUAGUAAUGAACACCUUAUCCGAUAAGUUUAAUCGACCGCGUUUGGUCGCAACGGCACUUGUCGACAAGCUACUGCAAUCGUCGGCCAUGACACAAGAGUCGCUUAACGACUUGAACACGUUUGUAGGCACGUUCAGUGAAUCCAUCUCAUUAUUAGACGCGCUAAGAAUACCAGACUCUGGGUCUUUUAUUUUAUUUUCUAUAGCGUUUCGACGUCUACCUGUUUCUACCCGCAAAUUAUUUGAAGCGACUAGUACAGUCGACUACCCGUCGAUAGGACAAUUAUUAGAAUUUCUCCGGGCCCGAGUGGCCAUUCUCGAAGUUGUGGGCGAAUCCCACAAAAGUAGUACUAAUAAUGCGCCGUCAAAGUCGACAGGUCAGUUCCGAAAGGGGGGAGAUUACGCUGGGAAGCCUCGCUUGACGUUUUUAGUCGCGUCCAAGUCAAAUAGUACGUGUCCAUGUUGUGCGGGUACGCACGCAUUAACAUCGUGUUCGCGGUUCAAAAAUUGGGGUCUCGACGAGCGCACUCGAUGGACGCGCGAUAAAAAAUUAUGCUUUAAUUGUUUUAGUGACGGGCACUGGGCUCCCAAGUGUAAUGUUAAAUCGAGUUGUCAGAACUGCACGCGUAAACACCACUCGCUUCUUCAUCAAAAUAUAUCGUCCGGAAGAGAUCGCGAUGAUCGAGACGAGCCACCGGCUGCCGAGGCGUCGUUAUGCGCGUCCGUGCCGCGUCCCCCUCCACACCAGGCGUCGUCUAUAAUUUUAGGUACCGCGUUAGUGCAUAUGCGCGAUCGUUCCGGGUCGUGGCAAACAAUGCGCGCACUGAUAGAUUGUGCGUCGCAGAUAAGCGCCGUUACGAGUGCGUGUGCCGAUCGGUUAGGCCUUAAGCGCUCCCGUUGGACAGCCCCAAUUAGCGGUUUAUCCGGAGUCCCCGUAGUAAAUGUCCAAGGUCGCGUUGAGUGUAACGUACAGCCGCGGUUUGCGUCCGAACCUGUGCUUGCCAUAAAUGCGUGGGUGUUGCCCGCCAUAACGAGUGACUUGCCUCGAACAACGCUACACUCGAGCAUAAAAGAGAGGUAUUCUAAUCUCGCGCUCGCCGACCCGUCAUUCGAUAUCACUUCACCUAUUGACGUAUUAUUAGGCGGCGACGUAUACGCGUCAAUAAUGGACGGUCGAAAAUUCUCGGUGGACAAAGCGUUACCUACGGCGUUUAGUUCCGUUUUUGGGUGGAUUUUAAUUGGCCCAGUGUCCGACCGAGAGGCUCACCCAUAUCAAUCGGUGCCGGUCACUAUGACUGUUUCCAUUGAAGGGUUAAUGGAACGGUUUUGGCAGGUUGAGGAGCCAGAGGCUGCGCCCGAGACGUUCACAGAUGAGGGGCGCUGUGAAAGAUUAUUUUGCGAACAGGCUAUACGCUUGCCGUGCGGCCGUUUUUCGGUACCGUUGCCCUUUCGUGCGCCGCCGUCAGCUGAUACUUUUGUCGGGUCCCGUGAACUCGCGGUGCGACGUUUUGACGCACUCGAACGUAAAUUGGCUACAAGCCCUCAAUUACAAUCAUUAUAUGUCCAAUUCAUGUCGGAAUACAUUUCGCUAG